ACCUUAAAAUAUUUUUAUUUGUAUACAUACUAGGUAAUGUUAAUCCCUACUUUUUUACACGCUGUAAUAUUCAGCUUUAAGCCAGCUUGGUUGCUGAAAUUUGAACAGAAAGAGUGUUACAUGUGUAUUAAAUGACCAGUAAGUUAAGCCUGUUCUGCUCUCAAGAAUUAAACUUGAAUUAAACCUGUUGCCUGGCCUCUUAAUUAGACCGUAUAGUAGGAAUUUAAUAAUCAAUCGUAAUCAAUGUUUACUCUGAUUCUCUAUAGCAUGAUCUGAUGCUGAAAUCCUGACUCCUGAUGCCCGGCUUGUCUAAUAACUAGACUGUUGGGAAUUUUAUUUUUAAUAUCACCGGUACUGAAGUUGUCGUGAUACAAACGGUAGUUUUUGAAAGAAUUAAAACUAACUUAAUUGUGUUUCUACUUGUAAGUCUAAUUUGUUUAUUACUGUAUACGCUUCCAUAUUCAGAAUGUCAACUCAUGAAGUAAUUCUCAGACAUGGUUAUUAUUAAGACUUUUAUUAAGAAAUAUAAAAAAAUUUAAGCUUUGUUUACCCCCAAGGUGGAUUUUUUUAUGAAAAGAAAUGUCAUAAAUUACUCAUCCUCAUGCAGUUCCACACCCGUGACACUUUCGUUCAUAUUUUAAACACAAUUUUUUUUUUUAAUGUCCCUCCAUUGACAGUCCACGCAACUACCACUUCAAAAUGUUCAUAAACGGGUAGUAAAAUUAAUCCAUAUGAAUCGAGAAGUUUUCUGCAGAGACUUGCUUUAUGAUGAACAAAUUGAAUUUAGGCUUUUAUUCACAUAUAAACUUGAUCAGCGAAAAUAAACAGAAGCUCAACUGCACUUGCUUGAUGCCAGGAACAAACCUCAUUGGCUUUUCAAUGGCUCUGGCUUAAACCAGACUCAUAUCACACAAAAUUAAUUAAUCUCAAUGGUUCUUCUCGUACGUCAAGCAAGAAAGCAUGCUUGAGCUUCCGCUUACCGUAUCUGAUGUGUGACGCCUUGAUGAACAGUGGUAUUUUUGUGGACUGUCAUUGGAAGGACCGAAAUCUCUCAAUUUCAUUUAAAUAUUUUCAUUUGUGUUUUGAAGAUGAACAAAAGUCUUACUGUUUUGGAAUGGCAUAAGGAGGUUCCUCCAGCACUUGAGAGAUCUCGCCGGACGCAUGUCCUCUGGCUCAAGGGGUGCUGGGAUCGGACUAAAGAUAUUAAUUGGAGCAGGUGCACUUGCUUAUGGAGUCAAAGAGGCAACAUAUACAGUGGAGGGUGGUCAGCGAGCAAUUAUCUUUAAUAGAAUUGGAGGGAUGCAGAUGGACACAGUCCUUGCUGAGGGUCUCCACUUCAGGAUACCAUGGAUUCAAUAUCCAAUCAUUUAUGACAUAAGAGCCAAACCAAGAAAAAUAUCAUCUCUAACUGGAAGCAAAGACCUGCAGAUGGUGAACAUCGCGUUGCGUGUGCUGUCCCGUCCGGUGGCUUCCAACCUUCCCAUCUUGUACCAGCAGCUGGGAAAGGACUAUGAUGAGCGUGUGCUGCCGUCCAUUGCAAAUGAAGUUCUGAAGAGUGUGGUAGCCAAAUUCAAUGCCUCCCAACUAAUUACACAAAGAGCCCAGGUCUCUAUGCUCAUCCGACGGGAGCUGUUUGAACGUGCCAAAGACUUCAACAUUAUCCUCGAUGAUGUGGCCAUCACAGAGUUGAGCUUCAGCAGGGAGUACACAGCAGCUGUGGAGGCCAAACAAGUUGCCCAGCAGGAGGCCCAAAGAGCUCAGUUCUAUGUGGAGAAAGCAAAGCAAGAUCAGAGGCAGAAGAUCAUCCAAGCUGAAGGAGAGGCCCAGGCAGCCAAAAUGUUAGGAGAGGCCGUCACAAAGAAUCCUGGAUACCUUAAACUCAGAAGAAUCAGGGCAGCGCAGAACAUUGCCAAAACGGUGGCAGUUUCACAGAACAAGGUGUACCUGAACUCCGAUAGUCUGGUUCUGAAUCUACAGGAUGACUAUUUUAACAAAUUGUCACUCGGAAAGAAGUAACCCGUUCAAAUAGCUCUCGUUCUAAUUGUCAGAGGUCCUAUUACAAGAAGCCGUAUGUGUGUCCUUUGAGAUGGCUUUUUCUGAUUGGGUCACAAAUGGAUAUGUCAUUCUGGGGAAGACUCAUUAAAUAUCUAAUGGUGUAGACCUGGUUUGUCAGUUAAAUUUAACUCCACAAUUUGCUGAUGAUCAAAACACUACAGAUUUGAGUUAAUGAAUGAAGGCAAAAAUGUUCAACUGGACCAGAGCAUUCAAUUCUUUUCAACAUUGAUUGUUGCAACAGGAAAUAUGCAUCUUUAAAUGAUACAAUAGAUGAUCAAGGCUGGUUGAAAAAAAGAUCCAUCCAUUCUUUUAGGAAUGAUUUAUGUCUUUGCUGAAAUGUAAUACAUACAGUUGUAUUUAUGUGAGACAAAAUGACUGCUAAUAAAAACUUUCAUAUGUUA